AUGGCGCCGUCGUCGGGCAGAUAUUCGCAAUCGCCUGCGCUGCUGUUGCUCGCGAUCGACCUAGCCUGCGCCACCACCAGUCUACUCGCCGCCGACGCAGCAGCUGCCGUCUCUCAGCCUCGGCUCUUGACGAGGCGCGUGCUCGGCAGCCUCCUGCUACAUCCCGUCGCGGCGGCGGCGGCACCGCCCGCCUCCCAGGCGCCUUCGCGGCUGUACGAGGCGGUCGCAGCACGCCGCCCGUCGGACUGGACGGCGGCAGAGCGGCCCGCGAUCGACGCUCUGGUGGAGGAGGUGGCGGCGCUGCGCGCACCGUGGCGCCAGUCGGACCUGCGCGGCGUGUGGCGAUUGGCGUACUUGCUGCCAGGGCCGGACGGCGCAGGCGUCGACCGGAGGGUGUUCGGCGCGUCCAGCGUCACGAACGUCGGCGAGCUGCUCGGGCCCUCGCUCGCGGACGAGGCCGUCACCGCGGCGCCGAAGCGCUUCCGCGCAGACAUCACGCGCGGCAGCCUGUGCCUUGGCGGCGACGUCGACGAGGGUGGCGUGUGCGCACCUCUGCCUAUCCAGGGGGUUGGCCUUUUCGACGGCCUCUACUUGGACAAGCGGCUGCGCAUCGGGCAGAACCUCAACGGGGGAGGUGCACGCAUCGUGCAGGUGCGCGUGCGGUGA